CAUAGAGAGGAGCUGUCAUUUUGAAUAUCAUUGAUAUUGCAGAGAUCUUUUGGAGAUUUCUUCGAUUUUUUUAGUAGAUUAGGACGUACAUCAUGUGGUGAAUAAGUGCAAUGUCCAAAAAUGGGUUGACAACUGUGAUUCAAAGAGGAAGGUAAUCCUAUCCCAAAAUGUCUCUGUCGGCCAAGAAGGGAAUCCUGCCGACGUUGUAUUCCUUCUUGGAGGAACUGGAACAGCCACUGAAAGAUAACGAAAACCGAACAUCGGUCACUGCAGCCAUUGCCAAGAAAGAUCUCGAAGGUCUCAAGUCGAAAUGGAAGGAAGAGGACACGUUUUACAGACAUCAGGACACAGGACUGAGUUACCUACACAUGGCUGUAAUGAAAGGCAACCUUGACAUCGUGAUGUACCUGGUCGAGGCCGGGAUGGAUGUAAGCGACACGGUGUACACUCGUAUCAACAAUAGAUACAGGAAUCUCUCAUGUCUUCACAUAGCAAUUGGUUUCAAACACAAACAUUUGUUAGCACAUCUUAAGAAAUUAGGAUGUGACGCCGAGGGAUAUUUAGGUAUCGGACAAGAUGCGGAAUCCUACGCCAUUCUAAAUGGAAUGUCACCACUGCACUUCGCCAUUCUUCUGAACGAAACUAACACAUUGCUCCAGCUGAUAGAAUGGCAGGCUCCAGUCAAUGCACAGUCGAAUCACGGCCUGACACCAUUACAUUUAGCGGCCAUGUUGAAUCACGAGGACGUUGCAAAGAUUUUGCUAAAAUUAAAAAUAAUCAAAGAUGUUCGAUCAAAAGAAGGUGCUACUCCACUGUUACUUGCGGCAGAAUAUGGUUCUCACAAAGUCUUGGAUUUGUUGCUUCAGCACGGCAACAAAGCUGACAUUCCGUCAUCAGACGGCUACACUGCACUCCAUGCUGCCGCCGAAAAUGGCUCAGUCAAUGCCUUAAUCCUUCUAAGCAAAACUGGUUGUAACUUGGACGGUCCAGCUGAUGCCAAAAAUCAUCAUUUGACCUACGAUUUAAAAGGUGCUACCGCUCUCCAUUUGGCUGUCGCAACUGGGAAACGUUACGCUGUAGAAGCGUUAUUAAAACAGGGAUCAGAUGCAAAUAUUGUGUGUUCGUAUUCAAAAGUUGGAGAAGAAGAGACUGUUACAAACGUCACAGCCCUCCACUUGGCCGUGGUGCACAACUCUGAGUUCCUCUGCAACAUUCUCCUGAAAUACAAUGCGAAAAUAAACAUUCAGACUUCUGAGAAAUCAUCCCCACUCUUGCUCAGCAUUUCUGAAAAUAAUUUGAAAGUUGGGAAGCUCCUGCUUGAGCAUGAAGCAGACGUCAACGUCAACAAUGGUGCUCCACUUUUUACAGCUGUCCGGAAAAAAUAUCUGGACUUUUGUAAUCUUCUCUUGCAACAGCCAGAUAUUUUGCUUGAAUGUCGGAACACAUUUUGGGAAGGGGAUAGCCUACAACCUAAGCGGUAUGAAAUGACGCCCCUACAUUUGGCUGCUUUGAACGGAAUGAAGGCCCUUGCCAACAAGCUUCUCGACCUUGGUGCUGAUGUCAACACAAAGAUGUCUCCGAAAGAGGGUCUCGCACCAUCGAUCAACCUUCUGCACACACUUGCAUCAAGUCUCCCAGACGACACCUCCCUACUUGAGAGAAUCGUGGAGGCUGGAUGCCCCAUUGAUGAGCAGACGUCAGAAGGAAGAACUCCCCUCUCAAUAGCAGUGCAAAUGUCUCAUCAUAGCCUUGUGAAUUUCUUCAUAGAGCAGGGUGCCGACAUCAAUUUGGCGGACCAGCAUGGCUACACUCCACUUCUCACUGCCGCUGAUCUGUCUCAUCCUAGCACGGAGGUGGUGGAGCUGCUCAUCAAAGGAGGCUGCGAUGUAGAUCGCGUUUUAGACGUGGAACAUGGUGGCUUUGCUGCGAUUCAUCUAGCCAUCGCGAGACGGGAGAUAAAAAUAGUGAAACUCCUCAUCGAAGGUGAAUGUGAUGUCAACAAACUAACAUCCGGUCCUUACUUAACCGUCAACUUGAUAAAAGCCACACCCCUAGUGAUUGCGAUUCGGGAACUGCAGGGUGAUGAUCUGGAUGAAGUCGUCGAACUCUUGCUCAAGAAGGGUGCCGAUAUUUCUCUGUGUUAUGAGACUAGUGGUGGGGAUGAAAUCCCCUCGUAUGGAGACCAAGACCAAGAGAUUGACGGGACGCUUCAGCUUACCCCGCUGCAUGCUGCCGUGUUUCAUGAUAGGGUCAAUGUUAUUCGAACCCUUAUUCGACAUGGCGCCAGUGUCAAUGCUCGGAGUCCCACUGGCGUCCCAUUGACACCACUCUCUAUGGCCCUACGGGAAGAAAAUUUUGAAGUGGCCAAACUACUGGUAAAGAAAGGGGCAGACGUGAACCCAAUUUUUGACGAGCCAUUCUCAAAUUAUCAAGGUCUUGAAAAAUAUCCCUUUCACCACGCUAUUGCUGUUAACGGGCCAUCUCUCCUGGAAAUGCUGGAUCUUUUGGCAGAUUUUGGUGCCGAUGUCUUCAGUUUAUGCGCUCUACCUGAUAAGGAAGUAGGCCCAAUGACGGCACUGUCGCUGGCAUGCGCCCAGGAAUGCGAACCCAGUACCGAUCAUCCGGUGCAAAAAGUCAUGAGAAUCGGAGCAGACGUGAACGCCUACUCUCCGGCUUCAGCAGGCCUCCCUCCGCUUACGACAUUUCUGCAAACGAAAUCGGCAGUGUGUGAUGUCGACUUAGAGGACUUAGAAAUAUUACUAAAACACGGAGCAGACCCUAACAGAACAAAUGACAAGAGGGAGGGCUACAAAAAUCAAAACCCGCUGAAUAUCGCUGCAGAAUAUGGAGAUUAUGGUUUUGUUCCACCUCUGAUAAAAGCCGGCGCCGACGUUAUGAUGCCCCUGAUUGACGAAGUAUUGGAUACUGAAGUUCUCCCAGCAUUCCACAUUCUGUUCCACGAGUUUAACGACAAGAGUAAAAUGCUGUUCUUCAAUCAUGGUACUGAUAUCAACUUCUCAGGACAUCGCGGCUUCAACAUCUUAAAUUACGUCGCGAAAGACGUCUCGGAUGAUGGCAUGGUCGAGCAUCUCUUGAAAUUGGGAGCAGAUGUCAAUCAGGAAGCAAUAUUUGCAGAAAAUAACGGGGACGAUUCGCCCGAAAUCAUGCUGAUGGCACCGAUCCACAUGCUACUGAUGCGCGGAUGGGGCUGCGAAGAAGUCGCCGACCAAUUUAUCAAGAGUUCGGGCAAUGUGAACAUGGCCUGUUUUGUUGACCAGGUGGAGCUGUCAGUAUUGAUGUUGUGUAUGAUGGUGAAUGAUAGUGUUCUGGCCGAGAAGCUGAUACGGUUUGGAGCAGACAUCAACUUCCAGGAUCCAGUGCAAGGACAGACAGCUCUUUUCCUUGCCAUUGAUGACCGUGAUUACGCAUGCUUCCAAGUGCUAAUGGAUGCUGGAUGCGACGUCAACUUGCAGACGAACCUCGGCAUCACACCAGUGAUUCAGGCGACGAUGAUGGGCGAUAUCGAAAUGGUACGGAGCCUGAUUGGUGCAAACUGCGACGUCAAUGCUACUUGUGUGUCUACUGGUGAACCAGAUGAUGAUGAUGAUGAUGACAAUGGUGAUAGUGGUGGUGGUGGUGACGAUGGUGAUGAUGAUAAUGAUGAUGAUGGUGGUGCUUCUACUGAUGAUAAUGACAAUGAUGAAAAUGAGGAUGAUGAUGAUGAUGAUGAUGGUGUUGAUGGUGAUGCAGAAGAAGAAUUCUGUAAUGAUGCGACUGCACUACAUCAGGCAGCCGAGUUGGGUCAUACCAAAAUCGUCAAGAUGCUACUUGAGGCGGGUGCUUGGAUAGACGCAAGGGAAACCCACAAAGGUUCGCCAGGCUUCACGCCCCUGCACUGUGCCGUUGUGGGCGGCCAUUGGGAUAUCGUUAGUGUCCUGGUUGAAGCUAAGUGCAAUAUAAACGCCCAGACAGAGGAAGGGAUGACAGUACUUCAUCUCGCUGUGAAAGAGAACAAUAUGCAGAUGGCAAAGUUCCUAAAUGAUAUUGGAGUCAACCCCACGAUCAAAAAUAAGAGUGGACAACUUGCGUCCGCAUUAUCCAAAACAAUGCACUUCACACAGGAGCUCGUGAAUUUCGAAGUGAAGUGGGCGUACCAUCACAAUCGGCCGUCACUGCAACGCAAACGCCUCAGCCUGCAUCAACGACUGAGUAUGCAGAAUCUUGGAUUGUUUGGGAUGAAUACACCGAGAGACGUGAAGGUGUCAGAGGGGACUGGGGCAAGAGGCGAGGCACCUGAAGGGAUGGAGGAUGCGUCGACAUCAGCGCAGGCUGGAGAAUUGGAAGAGCAGGAGGAACCUGAAGGGGACCCUAAUCAACAGCCUGAUGAUGUUUUAGAAUAUUUUGAUGACGAUGACUGAUCGGACGAUGUCCGCAACGAUUACUUAUGUGAUUCGCUACCCUGGACCUUUGGACUUUAUCUCCUCCAGCAUGUUCUGAAAGUGAAUCUCAGUCAUCAUCUGCUAUCUGUGAUAUUUUUUGCUGCCUCAGCUAUAUUUAUGCAAGCGCUUUUAGAUAUAAUAAUAGCGUACUCCUUGUGGGAAUUUUCCACCAAUUGUUUAGAAAUUAUCUCUUAAGUUUCUAUCUUCUACAUCAAUAUCUUAAAUAUAUUUUAGAAUAUACUGUGAUAUGUUUGUUUAUCUGUACAUUCUAGUGGCUAGGUUUUUUGAAACACCCUGUAGGUGUGCUAGGCCCUCUGAGUAGAUACCUGAGCACCUAACAAGAGGGUAGCACCAAGGAUGGAUUAGACUUCUUUCUUCUUCUUCUUCAGCGUUCGCUCUGCACUUGGAGGGGUCAUUCUCCUAGGAGUAAUCCUCCUCCAAGGCGGGAUGAGCGUAUCUUGCGUGUGUCUUUCAUUACCUUGAAUAUAUUUUUCUAUUUUUUUCAAAACGACCUUAUUUGUUAAUUCAUCAAUAUAGUGCCAUACAAUGUAUGU